AUGUCGGACACCGAGAUGGACGAGACGCCACGCGCCUCGGAUGAAGUCGACUUGAACAAGUCGUUACAAGAAGUACUUAAAUCAGCUGCACGCAAUGAUGGUCUUGCACGAGGUUUACGAGAAUCGGUCAAAGCUUUAGAUCGACGUGAAGCUCAUCUUUGUGUAUUAGCGUCAAAUUGUGACGAACCGAACUAUGUUAAAUUAAUUGAAGCAUUAUGUGCUGAACAUAAUAUCAAUUUGUUGCGUGUUGACGACAAUAAAAAAUUAGGUGAAUGGGCUGGUUUAUGCAAACUAGACAAAGAUGGCAAAGCACGAAAAGUUGUUCGUUGCAGUUGCUGUGUUGUUCGUGAUUUCGGUGAUGAAACACAAGCUCAUGAUCAAUUAUUGGAAUUCAUGAAGAAAAACAAACAACAAGCAUAG